AUGAAUGUCCCUUUGGCUCCCAAGAAAUCAUGUUAUACUCAAUUGCAGGACAACAGAAAGGGCGUGAAAAAUAAUAAUGAGAGCCUCCUAAGUCUGGGCGAUACGAACGCCAAUCAAAUCAUGGUGGAGGUCCGUCCCCGUGAUGAGUCUCAGACAUGUGGCCUGACCGAUGAAGUUGGAAAUGCAAAUUCACGUGAGCCAGGAAACAGUACCCAUUCCCAUCAGGACUUCCCCUCCCUUCAGGGCUCUGGGAGGGGACUGCAUGCGGGCCCCAGUAGCCUGAAGGAUUUGCACUUCUCUUCCACGGUCCGUGGGGAGGUAAGUGAAGGGCCCACAGUGCAGAGAGGCACGGCUCUCCCGCAGACCCCGCGGAGUGUCCAGGGACCAGGUCUGGCGGGCUGGCGGAAUGUUCUGGGGGAGGCCAGUCCGGAAGUUUUGACUCCAAGGGAUGCUGAGAUGCCCCGGCGCCCUCCCAAGGAUAAGUUGGCAAAGACCCUGGACAAUGAGGAGCUGAGAAGGCAUGCCCGGGAAAGGGGGGGCUCUGCAGUGGACACGGUCACGGGGGAGCGUGCUGGGACCCUGACGCGGCCAGCUCCACAGCCAGCCCCGCUGGACUCCCCUGAAGCCCUGGAUUGUGUGCCCACAGCUGUCGAGGGGCCCCAGAAGAUGGGGACAGCCCACGCCCCACGGACAGGGUUUCCUCCGGCUGACAUCACCGCAGAAGGAAAGAGUGUGUGUCAUCCUAAACCAGCUACCUCAGAAACCAAGGAGACCCCCUGCUUAGAGCCCCAGCCGGAGGGGGCGCACGGACCAGAAGUUAGCAGUGAGAGCACACGGCGUUCCACCCACCCAGAGCGUGCGCUGACCGCAGCAUCCAAGGACGCGCCAGAAGCACAGCUGGGGCAGGGGAAGGGAGCGCCCGAGCUGGAGCCGCAAUCCGUCCCGCCCUGGGCCACGCAGGAACUAAUGGCAGCUGGGGCUGAGGGUCUGGGAUGUCCCACGGAAGACAGCGUGGUGCUCCAGGAGAGGAGGGAGCCCGGCGGAGAAGCACAGCACGAAGCCCCCACGAGGGCAGUCAGCAGCCUGCCCCAGAGUGGUGUCCACCCGGUGGCCAGAGGCAGGGGUGUGCAGGACAGGAGCGCCGUCCACCUUGGGGAGCAGGGUUCUCUUCACACCGCCCCCAAACCCAGCGCUGCUCCCUUGCGACCUGCUGAUAACCAGCCCCCUGGCAAACUGUUAUCCACCUCAGCUCGGACACCGGGUGACAGUUCACGCGGCAGCAUGUCCCCGCGUGAUGGUCCCGCGCCCUCCAUUCCGCAGGCCCUUUCUGACUGCGGGCCCUCAGAUGCCAGUGAGGACCAAGGGGGGCUGUGCGGCGGGAGCCGGGGCAGGGCUGCAGUUUUUCCUUCAGACCCUUCUGUUGGAGAGAGCCAAAUUGGGGUCCCCGAGCCCCUUGACCCUCAGAGCAGCAGCCCAGAAGCAGGGGAAAGCACAGGGGUCACUACAUCUGCUGCUGAAGUUCUAGAAGAUGCAGCUGAGACGGAAAGUUCCCCAGCAAGAACAGGUUCUCUUCUCCGUGCCCCAGCCCGUCUCCACCCAGAGACCGCUGUGACGGUGGCCCACCUGCCGGCUCUACCCAGCUCCGCUCCUCAGGACCCCAGCGUGCUGAGUGUGGACGCAGGGUCGUCCCCGGCUGCCCCACCUCCCACGGACACCUCCCCAGAAGUGCCCGACAAGGCCGUCUGCGUCAGCGGUAUCCCCAAGCCUGUCUGCACACGUGUCGAGGAUGCUCCUUCCUCCCAGGAGGGGCCGGAGAACCACCAGGUGGAACGCACAGAGGAGAGGACAGAACCCAGGCCCAUCAUUCUGCCGAAGCCCAAGCACGUGCGGCCCAAGAUCAUCACCUACAUCCGGAGGAGCCCGCAGGCGCUGGGCCAGGUGGACGCUGCGCUGGUCCCCGUGGGGCUUCCCUAUGCUGCGCCCCCAGGCAACUCGCCUCUUCCCAAAGAGGAGAAGGUGGCCGGCGGCGACCUGAAGCCAGCGGCCAGCCUCUACGAGAAGUUCAAGCCGGACUUGCAGAAGCCGAGGGUCUUCAGUCCUGGAUUGAUGGUCUCUGGAAUCAAACCCCCGGGGCACCAUUUCAGUCAAAUUAGUGAAAAGUUUUUGCAGGAGGUCACAGAACGCCCUGGAAAGGAAGACUUCUGUUCUCCUCCCUAUGCGCACUACGAAGUUUCUCCCACCUUCUACCACUCGGCCAUGCUCCUUAAGCCCCAGCUGGGGUUGGGCGCGAUGUCCCGUUUACCGUCCGCGAAGAGCAGGAUCCUGAUCGCCAGUCAGAGGUCGUCAGCAAGUGCCGUCCACCCGCCCGGACCCAUAGCAACAGCCACCGGUCUCUACAGCUCCGACCCUGCAGCAGAUUUAAAGAAAGCCUCCAGUUCAAAUGCUGCCAAAUCCUGUCUCCCGAAAUCUGGACUCCGCCCUCCUGGAUACUCGCGUCUGCCGGCAGCCAAGCUGGCGGCCUUUGGCUUCAUGCGGAGCUCCAGCGCGUCCUCGGUCGCCAGCACCCAGUCCGCGGACAGCGCACAGCCCGAGCAGAGCCGGCCGGCCAACCGUCCAGCCUUUGGGAACGAAGACCAGCCAGCCCUGAAGGCCACUCUGCCUUCCAAAGACGCACCCAAGGGAGCCGGCCGGGUGGCCCCUCCGGCAUCCUCCGGUGUCACCACACCCCGCAGGAGUUUGCUUCCGGCGCCGAAAUCCACAUCCACGCCCACUGGAACAAAGAAAGAACUACAGAAAGAUCAAGAGGCUAAUAAACCUGCUACUUCAUCUCCAAAGAGAGUGGCAGCUUCGACCACCAAGCUUCAUUCGCCAGGAUACCCCAAGCAGAGGAGCACGGCUCCCCGAAAUGGGUUUCCCCCCAAGCCCGACCUGCAGGCCCGGGAAGCGGAGCGGCAGCUGGUCCAGCGGCUGAAGGAGAGGACUGAGCAGCAGGCCCGGCAGCUGGGCCUCGUGCAGGGGGAGCUGCGGCGGGCCGUCCGCGGCUUCCAGGCGCUCGCCGUGUCCACGCAGCACUUCUUCCGCAAGAAUGAAAGUGCCCUCGUGAAAGAAAAGGCGCUGUCGAUCGAGCUCGCGAACGUCAGGGAUGAAGUAGCCUUCAACACAGCCAAGUGUGAGAGGCUGCAGAAGGAGAAGGAAGAGCUGGAGAGGCGGUUUGAGGACGAGGUGAGGAAGCUGGGCUGGCAGCAGCGGGCGGAGCUCCAGGACCUGCAGGGGCGCCUGCAGCUGCAGUUCCAGGCGGAGGCGACGCGGCUGCAGGAGGAGCAUGGCGCCCAGCUGCUGCGGAUCCGGUGUCAGCACCGCGAGCAGGUAGAAGACAUCACCGCCAGCCAUGAGGCUGCUCUCCUAGACAUGGAAAAUAGCCACACGGUGGCCAUCGCGAUCCUGCAGGAUGACCAUGACCACAAAGUCCAAGAACUGGUGUCUACCCACGAGCUUGAAAAGAAAGAACUGGAAGACAGUUUUGAAAAGCUGCGGCUGUCAUUACAGGACCAGGUGGACACGCUGACCUUCCAGAGCCACUCCCUGCGGGACCGAGCCAGACGCUUCGAGGAGGCUUUGAGGAAAAACACCGAAGAGCAGCUGGAGGUCGCACUGGCUCCCUAUCAGCACUUGGAGGAAGACAUGAAGAGUCUGACACAGGUAUUGGAGAUGAAGAAUCAGCAAAUACACCAGCAGGAAAAGAAGAUCAUGGAGCUGGAAAAGCUGGCGGAGAAGAACAUCGUCCUGGAGGAGAGGAUCCAGGUUCUCCAGCAGCAGAACGAAGACCUCAAGGCGAGGAUUGACCAGAACACCGUUGUCACAAGACAGCUGUCCGAGGAAAACGCCAACCUCCAGGAGUAUGUCGAGAAGGAGACCCAGGAGAAGAAGAGGUUGAGCCGGACCAACGAAGAGUUGCUCUGGAAACUCCAAACUGGAGACCCAACCAGCCCAAUUAAACUCUCACCCACAUCCCCUGUUUACCGUGGCUCCUCCUCUGGGCCCUCCUCACCCGCCAAAGUCAGCGCCACGCCCAGAUGACGCCGCCACCAGGCAGCCGCUGGAGCUGCGGCUCCUCGCGCGCCCUGCGCUUCCACCUGGAGGGAGGCCCCGCCCCG